CCCUGUCGAAAAGUACCAUGUGCACUUCAAAGACAAUUAAAAGAAGAACUGGAUAAAAUGGAGAGUUUAGGAGUGAUACAAAAAAUUGAUCAGCCCACAGAAUGGGUUAGUUCAUUGGUGAUUGUGGACAAGAAGAAUGGAAAACUUUGAGUUUGUCUUGAUCCUAGAGAUUUGAACAGAGCAAUUAAGAGAGAACAUUUCAAGCUUCCUACACGUGAAGAGAUCAUGGCCCAGUUUGCAGAUGCCAAAUAUUUUAGCAAGCUAGAUGCGUCGUCAGGAUUUUGGCAGUUGAAAUUGGAUGGUGCCAGCUCAAAACUUUGCACAUUUAAUACACCAUAUGGAAGAUAUUGUUUUUUAAGGCUUCCUUUUGGAAUUGCUUCGGCUCCUGAGGUGUAUCAUAAAACAGUGCACAUGAUUUAUGAACACAUGGAAGGAGUUGAUACAUCGAUGGAUGAUAUAAUUGUCUGGGGAACUUCGAAAGAAGAACAUGAUGCGAGGUUAAGAAGGGUUUUUGAAGCAACCAGGCGAGCAAAUUUGAAGUUGAACAGAGAAAAGUGUCAAUUGGGGGUGACUGAGUUAACCUUCUUGGGUGACAUCAUUAGUAGUGCUGGAGUGCGACCAGAUCCCCUGAAGAUCUCUGCUAUCGAACAUAUGCCAAGACCGCAAUGUGUAAAAGAUGUCCAGAGAUUCAUGGCUGAUGCUUCACAGACAGGAUUGGGAGCAGUACUUCUCCAGGAUUAUGAUGGAACGUGGCAACCGGUUGCAUAUGCCUCACGUUCGAUGACUGAUGCGGAGUGUAGGUAAAUUGAUGUUUGUGGCAGACACCUUGUCCAGAGCCGUAGACCCAACUGCACCCUCGAGUGGAAAAUUGAUUGAGGACAUUCAAGCUUAUGUGAACAUGAUCGUAGAAGCUUUACCUGUUGCUGAUUCCAAAAUGAAACUGAUUUAUCAAGAGACAGAACAAGACCAAACGCUCACUCAGGUGAAAUUCUAUGUGAUGAAUGGUUGGCCAGAUGUGAAGCAAGAUUGUGUUGUAGAAGUUCAUGAAUUUUGGAACUGCAAAUCUGACUUGUCUGUUUGUAAUGGAAUUCUAUAUAAAGGAAAUAAAAUAGUGAUUCCGAAAAAUAUGAGACGUGAGAUGUUGAACAAAAUCCAUGAAGGCCAUUUGGGAAUUGAGAAGUGUAAAAAAAGAGCUCGUGAAGUUAUGUACUGGCCUGGAAUUAAUCAGGACAUCACAAUAGAAGUUUCCAAAUGUCAGACAUGUGCCAGAUAUCAAUUCAAUAAUCCAAGAGAACCACUAAAGUCGCAUCCUGUACCUGAAAGACCAUACCAAAAAGUAGGUGCAGACAUAUUUACAUGUCAUGGAAAAAAUUACCUCUUGGUUACGGAUUAUUAUUCAUUUUAUCCAGAGGUGUGUGCAUUAAGCACAACUACGGCAGAAAAUGUUAUUUCAUGCCUGAAAUCCGUCUUUGCUCGACAUGGAGUACCUACUGAAGUUUUCACAGAUAAUGGUCCUCAAUUUGUUAAUGAUAGUUUCCAGAGUUUUUCAAAAGACUGGGACUUCAGACAUACAACAUCAAGUCCAUAUUUUCCCCAGUCUAAUGGUCUUGUGGAAAAAUCAGUUGGAGUUGUGAAAAGGUUGAUGCAAAAAGCAAACGAUUAUGAAAGUAGUUUUUAUAUGGGACUGCUUGCUUAUCGUAGUACCCCUCUUGAGUGUGGAAACUCGCCAGCAUAUCUUUUGAUGGGACGACGUCUUCGUUCUAAUUUACCUAUGUCCGAGGAUCUUCUUGUGACAGAAGGCAGUAAGAAAUUCAGAGAAUUUAAAGAACAACAAAAGGCUAAGCAAAAGGUCUAUUAUGAUAAAGGAACUCAUCAUUUACCUGAACUUCGUGUGGGUGAGGAGGUCAGAUUUAAAGAUAAAACUAAUACUUGGAAUCAGAAAGGCAUUGUACUUGAACAAAUUCAACCAAGGUCUUAUAAUGUUGAAACCACAAGUGGUGUUGUGUUUAGGAGGAAUCGUCAACAUCUGUUGAAAGAUUUAUCAGCUGAAUCAGAACAACCGGAACAAACUGAGAUACCGUUGAGAAGGUCUGUUCGUGAACGGAGAUGCCCUGAAAGACUUAUUGAAACAUGCUGAAAGUUGAAAUAGUACUGACAGACUUGUUGCAAGAGACUGAAUUGAUAUUUUAAAUUGUGUGAAAUCAUGUUUGUAUUUUGCUAUGGGAUU